AUGGCACAAUUAUCGCAGUUCCGUUCCCUUGGCAAAAAGAUCGUUUGCGUUGGUAGAAAUUAUAAGGAACAUGCUCUGGAACUUGGUAACCCCGUACCAAAGAAGCCUUUGUUUUUUAUGAAAGCGACAAGUAGUUAUAUAUCUGAAGGAGAAGUUAUUAUUCCACCCAGUGGCUGCAAUAUACUGCACCAAGAAGUGGAACUCGGUGUGAUAUUCAGUAAAAUUGCUAAGCGUGUUUCACAUAAACAGGCGCUCAGCUACAUUGGUGGAUAUACUGUGGCGCUGGACUUGACAGCCAGAGAUUUCCAGGACGAUGCAAAGAAGACUGGAUCACCCUGGUUUUUAGCAAAGUCGUUCGAUACAUCCUGUCCAGUAGGAUCUUUUAUUCAUGCCAGUCAAAUCCCAAAUCCACAUGAUGUUGAAAUAUUCUGUUUCGUAAACGGAGUCGAGAAGCAACGUAGCCGGACAGACGCUAUGAUUUUUGAUAUCCCAACACUUAUUGAGAGUUUGACUAAAUAUAUUACCAUGGAACCAGGUGAUUUGCUUCUUACUGGCACACCACGCGGUGUCACAGCUCUUAAGUCUGGUGAUCGUGUGAAGUUUGGUAUAGAAGGCAUUAUGUCAUCCACAUUUAAUGUUCAAUGA